AGGAGACAUUAAAUUAAUUCAGUGUACGGCUGCUGUAAAAAGGACCGCUUCAUGUAUUUUUAAGGGCAAACACAGAGCUGAAUGUGCGAGCGGAGAGUUGUAUUUUAGAAUAAUGUGACAGGCUAAAUGUGAGCGCAGACUGGGAGACGAUUUGCGAGAUAUCUAGUGGUGCCUUUUUUUUUUUUUUCAUCAGUCAACCCAAAAGCCACAGGAAGCGUUUAAGUAUCUCCAGAACUGCAUCAUCAUUGUGAAUGAGUAAAAGAUGUUUGUUAUGCAGGCAACCAGCGGGCCGCUCAGAUGAACCACCCCUCUUUAUUUGAUCAAAAUCAGAGCAGCAGUGGUAGUUUUGGCUUCACAGAUUUAAAAAAAUCUGUUUAUAAUUACAUAUAAUUGCCUCUGUUAAGGGCAAUCAGUGUCAUGAAAUGCCACAAACCUCCAAAUGUAGUCAGAAUUUAGAAAGAAGACAAUAUAUAAUGUAGGUUAACUAUAAACCUGAGUGUUAUUGACAUUAUUUUACAUAAUAUAUUUGCUUUUUAUUGGUAAAAUACUAUUAAUUAAUCCAAAAUUUGGUUUAAUUACUUUAUUACAGUAUAUAAAGUGUAUACAAACCUCCAAAUGUAGUCAGAAUUAAGAAAGAAGACAAUAUAUAAUGUAGGUUAACUAUAAACCUGAGUGUUAUUGACAUUAUUUUACAUAAUAUAUCUGCUUAUUAUUGGUAAAAUACUAUUAAUUAAUCCAAAAUAUGGUUUAAUUACUUGAUUACAGUGUAUAAAGUAAGUGUAUACGUAUAUAGUUUCAUCUGUUUUCUUAAAAAAGGCUCAUUUCCUAAAACAGCUGGUUAAUGUAGUUUUUAGUAAGUGUUCCUCAAGCAGCAGGAUUUGUUGGGGACUAUUUUCAGCUGCGGAUUAAUACACAUUUGGGGCAGGAGGAUUAUUAUUAGUUAUGUUUUCAUGCAAUAGUGUGGCUCCUCGAUGUGUUAAUACAGUUUUAAAACAACAAUGACAUGUGUGAGAUACACAGACAAUGAUUAUUAACUAGAUCAAUUAAUUGUAUUUUAAUGCGAUUUGUUGACAGUAAGAAAAAUACAGAACAUCGCCAGUCUUUUGCUUUAAGGAGGAGAGAUAUAGUAAAGUUAAACUUUAAUGUUGUAUCAUGUGUAACAGAUUUAAACAACCUAAAUAGCAGCUAUUAAAAAAAGUGAUUAGUCUGAGCCUCAGCCAAUCAGAGCCGCGGAAUCAGGCAAAACCGGAAGUCGUCACCGCUGGCAGAGCAGUUUUCCCGCGAAGAUUGAGAGCUGAGUUUCCUGGUUCCUCCCGUCACAGCACCAUGAGCAAGAGGAAGGUGACAGAUGCUCAUUUGCCAGUAGGAGAAUGCAUCACACAGGUUCAGGAGAUUUUAAGGGAGCGACUUUGCUGUCAGAAGCUCCCUGACAGGCCGGAGGGAGUGGAAGCUCAACACAAACACCUCCUGGAGCUGCUGAAGCGGACGGGCGUCCACGGGGAGAGUAACUCGGUGCUAAUCGUCGGCCCCAGGGGAGCCGGAAAAACAAUGCUGCUGAAGUGCGUGUUGAGAGAUCUGUUAGAGGACAAAGAAGUUCAGAAAAACCUGCUGCAGGUCCAUCUCAACGGUCUCCUGCAGACGGACGACAGAAUAGCGCUUAAAGAAAUAACGCGGCAGCUCCACCUGGAGAACGCUGUCGGUGACAAAGUGUUUGGCAGUUUUGCAGAGAAUCUGGCUUUCCUGCUGGAGGCAUUGAAGAAAGGUGAUCGCAGCAGCAGCCGCCCGGUGUUGUUCGUCCUGGAUGAGUUCGACCUGUUCGCCCACCACAAGAACCAGACGCUGCUCUACAACCUGUUCGACGUCUCCCAGUCUGCCCAGGCUCCCAUCGCUGUGGUCGGCAUCACCUGCAGACUGGAUGUCUUGGAGCUGUUGGAGAAGCGGGUGAAGUCGCGGUUCUCCCACCGUCAGAUCCACCUGCUGAGCAGCCUGACGUUCCCUCAGUACCUGGAGCGGGUCCGGACCCAACUCAGCCUGCCGGACGACUUCCCCGACGGCAAGUUCGCUGAGGACUGGAACGCCAGCGUAAAGACUCUGUGUGAAGACAAAUCAGUUGAGGACGUUUUACAGAGACACUUCAACUCCAGCAAGGACGCCCGCUCAAUGCACAUGCUGCUGAUGUUUUGUCUGAGUCGUGUGUCUGUAUCCAGACCUGCCAUCAAACCUGCAGACCUGCUGGAGGCCAGCAGACUGUGUUUUGCGGACGCCAAGGCCAAUAUGCUCCACGGUCUGUCCAUCUUGGAGCUGUGCCUGAUCAUCGCCAUGAAGCACCUCAACGACGUGUAUGAAGGAGAGCCGUUCAACCUCCAAAUGGUUCACAACGAGUUCAAGAAGUUCCUACAGAGGAAGUCGAACUCCAUGUACAACUUCGACCAGCCUGUCAUCAUGAAGGCCUUCGAGCACUUGCAGCAGCUGGAGCUGAUCCGACCCGUCGACAGCUCCUCGGCCAAAAUUCAGAGGGAAUACCAGCUCAUGAGGCUCAUGAUAGACCACAGUCAGAUCAUGGAGGCGCUGCAGAAGUACCCACAAUGCCCCACUGACGUCAAGCAGUGGGCCAUGUCGGCGUUCGGCUAACGUACGCACAGCUCGAACCAAGGGCCAAAAUUAAAACUAUCCGCGACUUGAACCAGGGAGAAGACACGACUGUUACAUCUACACCAGGAGUGCUUUUGUUUCACGUCAGGAUUAUUUUACUCAAGAGUAUUAAGUUUGUUGUGGAGCAGAGUUAGUCACUGUAAAUUAUCAGGAAAUAAAAGGUGAGAUUUGUGC